AUGGGUGAAUACCAGGACUUGUCGUCGCCAAUAACGAACGACAUGAAGCUGGUUAGGGAAUCUGAUCUUUUCAUCCAAGACGCAUUUAUUGGAGGGAAAUGGGUUAAGGCCGACAGUUUGUUUGAUGUUAUAGAACCAUCAAGUGCUACCACUUUCGGUCAAGUGGCGAACUGCGGCCUGAUGGACUUUCAGACUGCGAUCGAAGAUGCCUCAGAAGCUCAGAAAGAAUAUUAUAUCAAUACCACUGCUGCCGUACGGGGAUCAUUCCUCCGCAAAUGGAACGAUCUUAUACAUGAGAACAAAACAAUGUUGGCAAAGAUACUGUGCCUAGAGAAUGGCAAAACAUACGCCGAAGCGGAAGGGGAAGUGCUAUAUGCUGCCAGUUUCGUCGCAUGGUUUGCCGAAGAAGCCACCCGUGGCUAUGGAGUAACCAUACCAUCUUCCACUCCGAAUACGACGGUCCUCACGACCAAAAAACCUGUGGGCGUGUGUGGGAUCAUCACGCCAUGGAAUUUCCCUGCCGCCAUGAUCACACGGAAAAUUGCUCCAGCAUUAGGUGCCGGCUGCGCGGUGGUCAUCAAACCACCCAGUGAAACUCCCUUCACCUGCCUUGCCUUGACAAAGCUGGCGGUGGAGGCAGGGAUUCCUCCCAGGGAUAGAGAGGCAGCGUUGGAACUUGCGAAGAAUCCCUUGGUAAGGAAAAUCAGUUUCACCGGCUCGACAAAUGUAGGCAAGAUGUUGGCGAGGAUUGGUUCUGGGACAUUGAAAAAGAUGAGCCUUGAACUUGGAGGGAACGCCCCGUUCAUCGUAUUUGAUGACGCCAAUUUGGACCUCGCUGUAGACGGGGCUAUGUUUUGCAAAUUCAGAUGUUCAGGUCAAACCUGUGUUUGCGCAAACCGACUCCUCGUGCAAAAGAACGUUGUCGAGGAAUUCACGAGGAAGCUUGUUACUAGAGUCAAAGCCUUGAAGGUCGGCCCAGGGUCUGAUCCAUCGACAACACAAGGGCCUCUGGUGAAUAGGUCUGCGGUGCAAAAAGUGGAAGAACAUGUCCGCGAUGCUACCAACAAGGGGGCAACCCUGGAAUGUGGCGGCGGAGCGGGACCUGGAGCAGGAUUCUUCUUUGAGCCCACUGUCCUGUCGGGUGUGACAACAGAUAUGCUAGUUGCCCGCGAGGAGACCUUUGGGCCACUUGCGCCGAUAUUCAACUUCGGCACUGAAGCUGAUGUGGUGCGGAUUGCCAACGAAACCGAGUUUGGCCUGGCAGGGUAUUUCUACUCCCGGAACGUCAACCGUGUGUUACGUGUGGCGAGGGAUCUGCAGGUGGGAAUGGUCGGCUGCAAUACUGGCAAGAUCUCUGCCGCCGAGGCACCAUUCGGAGGAGUGAAAGAGAGCGGCCACGGCCACGAGGGUAGUCUUUACGGGAUGGAUGAAUAUCAGGUUAUCAAAAGUGUGACCAUCGGCAACCAGGACAAGUGUGAUAUCACUAAAAAGGAUUCCCUGGAGCUUGCUUUUGCAGAAGCUAUCAAUGCGCUGGGAGGAAAGCUUGAUGGAUGGUACGUCUACGACUUCGCAGCAGCUACUGGCAUCGGCACCGACAAGGCAUUCCUUGAUCAUACCUGGGAAGAUCUAGCAAGGGUCACCGCGGUCAAUGCAAGUACUACCUCCGAUAGGCUAUGUUCGCCGGGUCUGACCAUGAACCAGCAAACUGGGACAUUCUUCGCAGCUCAACUGGCCACUCGGCAGUUCGUGUCUCAGCCUCAGGAGGAAACCGGAUGUAGAGGAAGUAUCGUCAUGAUCGCUUCGUCUUCGGCAUCACAUUCGUGUCCUGGGCACAUGCUCACAGCGUAUGGAGGGAGCAAAGGAUUUGUGAAAUCGUUUUUAUAUAUCGAAACUGAUCUGAACCUGAAUCUGGCGAAAAUUAGACCUGAGAUCAACCAUUAUUUCAAAGAAGCACCACCUAUGAAAAGAAUUGGCCAGACGACCGACCUGACUGCUGGUUUAGUGUACCUGUUGUCAGAUGGUGCUUCGUAUAUUACCGGAAUCAAUCUGACCAUUGACGGGGGAAUGAGCACCGGAAACGGCUUGACAAAGUAA